CUCGCUCGCCAAACUAGGACUUGGUCGCAGAGGGCUGGCCCGCCGCUGCUCCUCGGCCGCUGCCGCCCGCUCAUCACCUGCAGGGACCUCAGCUCCGUUCCGGAUCAGCCACCACCCGGCCGAGAUGGAAACCUUUUUUAAGAGGCAUUUCGGGAGGAAGGGCCCACCGGGGCCGCGGCAUGCCAGUGUGGUGGCCGUGCCCACCGGCAAGGCCCGCCGCCGCUCCCAGGCCGGGCUGCCCUCCGCCUCGCUGGCCCAGCGCCGCCGCGGCUCCAGCGCCCUGCCGCUGCCCCUCUCCUGCCUGCCCUUGCCCCGCCGCGGCAGCCCCCGCCGCCGCUCCAGCACCACGCCGCCCUGCCUCAGCCCCCGCUUCGCCGUGCAGCAGCACCGUGGCGGCCGGCCGCCAGCCAUCGAUGCCCAACUUCUGGGCUGCCCCGUGCUGCUGGCCGGCCUCCUCCCUGACGGAGAGGAGGGCGAUGGGGCGCCGCGUGCCGACACCUCCGUCUCCUGGCCUCUGGAGGAUGGCGGUGGCCAUGUGGCGAGCGGCGGGGCGGAGCGGAGCGGGCGGUGGGCUGAGGAGAGCUGGCUGACCAUGCUGCCCCGGCUGCGGCCGCUGCAGGCCGGGCUGCUGUCACGGGGCCCCCGCUGCCUGCGCCGCGCCUCCUCCCACCGCCUGCCCACCGACAGCGGCUGCGGCCGGGUCCCCCACGGCCUGCCGGGCCGCUACCGCCGCCUCAGCCAGCGUCGCCUCUCCAGUGACGCCCUGCGGCCCGGGCUGCUGUCCCCCGGCCGCGCGUGGUGGCUGGCCCAGCAGUGCGCAGGGGCAGCCGGGGCCGCCUUCCCCGAGUGCUUGGGACCGGAGCCCGCCUGCUGCCCUGACGGCUGGAGCCCCCGGCUGCUGAAAGCUAUUGCCAAGUCCAGCCUCCAGCACAUGGUAGCCCAGCCAAACCCCACGCUAGCCCUGAGGAGCGAGUCGGAGAGGCAGAUCCGCAGCACCGUGGACUGGAGCGAGACUGCAGUCUAUGGGGAGCACAUCUGGUUUGAGACCAAUGUCUCUGGGGAUUUCUGCUACGUUGGGGAACAGAACUGCAUGGCAAAACUGCUGCAAAAACCUCUCUCCAGGCGUAAGUGUGCAGCCUGCAAGAUCGUAGUGCACACACCGUGCAUAGAACAGCUGGAGAAAAUAAAUUUCCGCUGCAAACCUUCCUUCAGGGAGUCAGGAUCCCGGAAUGUACGGGAGCCUAUAGUUGUCCGGCAUCACUGGGUGCACCGGAGACGGCAGGAAGGGAAAUGCCGGCAGUGUGGCAAGGGUUUCCAGCAAAAGUUUGCCUUCCACAGUAAAGAGAUUGUAGCCAUCAGCUGUUCCUGGUGCAAACAAGCGUAUCACAGCAAAGUGUCUUGUUUCAUGCUGCAACACAUCGAAGAGCCCUGCUCACUGGGGGCUCAUGCUGCUGUCGUUGUUCCUCCCACUUGGAUUUUGCGGGUCCGACGCCCCCAGAACCCGAUGAAAUCCAGUAAGAAGAAGAAGAGGACAUCAUUCAAGAGGAAAUCCAGCAAAAAGGGUGCUGAGGAAGGAAAGUGGAAACCCUUUGUCAUCAAGCCCAUGCCAGCUCCUCUCAUGAAACCCUUGCUGGUGUUUGUGAACCCCAAGAGUGGUGGGAAUCAGGGAGCCAAGAUCAUCCAGUCCUUCAUGUGGUAUCUCAACCCACGGCAAGUGUUUGACCUCAGCCAGGGUGGACCCAAGGAGGCGCUGGAGCUGUACCGCAAGGUCCACAACCUACGGAUCCUGGCGUGUGGGGGAGACGGCACGGUGGGCUGGAUACUCUCCAUUCUGGACCAGCUACGCCUCAACCCACCUCCUCCUGUGGCCAUCCUGCCCUUGGGGACCGGGAACGACUUGGCCAGGACACUGAACUGGGGUGGGGGUUACACAGAUGAGCCUCUGUCCAAGAUCUUGUCACAUGUGGAAGAUGGAAACAUUGUGCAGCUUGAUCGCUGGAACCUCCAUGUGAAGCCAAACCCUGAUGCAAACCCUGAGGAAAAGGAUGAGACAGCUGCUGACAAGCUCCCCUUGGAUGUCUUCAAUAACUACUUUAGCCUUGGCUUUGAUGCACGGGUGACACUGGAGUUUCACGAAUCCCGAGAGGCCAAUCCAGAGAAGUUCAACAGCCGGUUUCGGAAUAAAAUGUUCUAUGCUGGGACGGCUUUCUCCGACUUCCUCACAGGGAGCUCCAAAGAUUUAGCAAAGCACGUCAAGUUGGUUUGUGAUGGGACAGACCUGACCCCCAAGAUCCAGGACCUGAAGCCCCAGUGCUUGGUCUUCCUGAACAUCCCCAGGUACUGUGCAGGCACUAUGCCCUGGGGCAACCCUGGUGAGCACCACGACUUCGAACCACAGCGCCACGAUGACGGCUGCAUUGAAGUCAUCGGCUUCACCAUGACAUCCCUGGCUGCUCUGCAGGUGGGUGGCCAUGGGGAGCGACUGUGCCAGUGCCGGCAGGUGGUUCUCACCACGUCCAAGGCCAUCCCCAUGCAGGUAGACGGGGAGCCCUGCAAGCUGGCAGCUUCCUGCAUCCACAUCUCCCUGCGCAACCAAGCCAACAUGGUGCAGAAGACCAAGCGGCGCAACUCCAUGCCUCUGCUCAAUGACCAGCAGCCAGUACCUGAGCGGCUGCGAAUCCGGGUGAGCCGAAUCAGCAUGCGUGACUACGAGGCACUGCACUACGACAAGGAAAAGCUCAAGGAAGCCUCCGUGCCACUGGGGAUCAUCGUGGUUCCAGGAGACAGUGACCUGGAGUUGUGCCGGACCCAAAUCGAGAGGCUGCAGGAGGAAGGAGAUGGAGCCAAACCGAAGACACUGUCAUCCCAGAAGCUGUCACCAAAGUGGUGCUUCCUGGACUCAACCACGGCGGAUCGGUUCUACAGGAUAGACCGCGCUCAGGAGCACCUCAACUACGUGACAGAGAUCUCUCAGGAUGAGCUCUAUGUGCUGGACCCAGAGCUGGUGAUCACCCAGACUGUGGGCACCUCUCCUGCCAUGCCUGACCUUGUGGACUCAUCCGCUUCACCUACUGGGCACCAUUUUGCAUUCCCCUCCUCUUCCUCCUCUCCACCCUGCUCUCCUGCCCCCAUUGCUGAGGCUGAGCUCUGCCUCCCGCACAAAGAUGACCUUCUGAUAGAAGCUGCCAAGAGCGGCGACUUCAGCAAGUUCCAAGAACUGCACCGGGCUGGAAAAGACCUGAUGGUGCGAGACUCCUCGGGCCGGACCGUCCUGCACCACGCUGUCAAAUCAGGGAGCAAGGACAUCGUCAAAUACAUCAUCGAGAACGCCCCUUCAGAAAUCCUCGAUGCCACAGAGGAAGAGAACGGUGAGACCAGCUUGCACCAGGCUGCAGCGUUACGCCAGCGCACGAUCUGCCACUACAUCGUGGAGGCUGGGGCGUCGCUUAUGAAGACGGACCUGCAGGGAGACACCCCCAAGCACAGGGCAGAGAAAGCCAAUGACCCUGACCUGGCUGCCUACCUCGAGAACCGACAGCACUACCAGAUGAUCCAGCGGGAGGACCAGGAGACAGCUGUGUAGUGCUCAGCGUGCCUUAGCCCAAGCCAGCUCGGGCAGGACGAGAAGAGGACGGCACCUGGCAGAGCUGUGAGUCUGGCCCAGCCCUCCCUAGGUGUCAGCCUAGGAGGAGGAGAUGGAGACAGCAGAGCUCUGCUCCGGGCUGGGCUGGGACUGUGUUUGAGGACAGUGGGUAUUUGGGACUUGAAGCCCGGCUCUUUGUGUGUCCCCCUUUGCCCCUCAUCCACCACGUUCCCUGCUCUGGAUGGGCUCCGUCCCAAAGGCCCACCAGGGGUGGAGCCGCCCAUCACCUUUGCACAGGGGAACGAUGCCAGUGCCCCCGGCAGGUCCUUACCUGUGAUCCACGUGGGAUGUCAUUGCUCGCCCCCCUCCCUGCCGGCAGUGCCCUCCAUUAGCCACUUCACUCGGUUCACAUCCCGUUCCUCCUCUCCUCCCCAGCAGCCGCGGGAGCUGCAGGCAGACAGCAGCAUUGCCUGCGCAGGGGCUGUGAGCCUAAAACCUUGCCCCGAGGGAAGCUCCGCGACUUACGGCCUCUGAGUCCUCUUCCUUCCUGCUGCUUUGGGACUCUGUGGCAGGAGGAAAGUCCCUGGCGUGUUAGGGGACGUGCACCCACCCCUUCCUCAGGGCAUCUGGGACUAGCGCAGCUGGAAGCCUGGCAGCCGCUGCCCUCCUGGUUGCCUUCAGUGCUGGGGUCCGUGCUGCUCUCAGGGAUUCCCCCCGCGCCCCCAACCUGUGGAUGUGCGUCCUCUGAGCAUGACUUCUGCCAUCCCCACAAACUGGACACAGGGCUUUGCAGGGAAAACCUGGGAGGCUGCCCUGCCCAGACACAAGCUCCCUGGGCAGGCUGCCAGCCCACCUCCCAGCUUUUAGCAGAAAGAGGGGUUCGGAUGCAUAGGAAGCAUCAGGGACCUUGGCCCUGAGUCACGCAUGUGAUGGGAUGGCAUUUUGGGUACCACCUGCCACGGGGCACAAGGCACUGUCUGCCCUGCAGAAGCUGUGAGCCCUGAUGUAGCAGAGCAGCCCCUGCAGCAGCUUUUGCAGUAGCAGCAGCAGUCUCUGGGAUGCAGAGGUGCCAGCAGGGGAGGAGAGCAGGCAGCCGAGUGCGUUGUGGACCUCGUUGGCAUGUUCAGUCAGGUCCAGGUUGCUGCUGGCAGGUUGAGUAGCAGGAGAGGAGGCUGGGGCAGCCCCACCGUGCACUCACACCCAGCUGUGGCUGCUGCACAGUGCCGGCUGACACCGUUUGCAUCCCCCCCACGACACCAAUACCAAAAAGAACGAACGUAUCACGAUACCACAGAGAACCACAAUACUGUUCAGGCUUUAGGUUGGGGGGCAGAGUUACCCUUGAGUACGGGGGAAGCUGAGCCAGGGCAGUGCGUGAGGCUGGUGUUGGGGUUCAGCAGCAGAAUCAGCAGUUUAAAUCCUUGUCCUGACUGUGAUGCUCCAGCAGUGCCAGGAGUUCCCAUCAGUGCUGCUCGCUAGCUGCAGAUGGACAAGACUGUCAUCUUCUCAAAGGUGCAAGCUGCUGCCUCCCAGCCAGGGCACCCAGCCUGGCCUGGGGGCGUUUACAGCCCCAGCUUCCCCCUUCCUCCCCAGUUUUGUAUGUUCCUUUAGUUUUUGUACAGGUAGUUCAGAGACACACUGUCCCCCUCCCCACCGGGCCCCUGCGCGCGAGCCGAGUUGCUGUGCAAUUCCACGUCUGGCUGUUUUUUAGGCAGAGGCGGAGGGGGUGUUUGUAGCCCUUCCCGCAGAGGGCAGGGGAUCUGUGCAAUACCUGGUUCUGUGUUUCCCAGAUGCUGUCGUAGGACUGUAUUUUUGUAACUCUGUAAGGGUGCCGGCUCUAGCAGGCCCAGGGCCUGGCAUGAGCCUGCGCUCCCAUUGCUUUUCAACUUUGACUGUUUGGAUGUUGUUGUUUCUUGCCAUUGAAAUAAAGAGUUGGAUGUUUUA